AUGAGUGAGAAAUGGGGCUCAAACUCUUCAGAAAACUGGCGUAUUUGGAGUGUCAAUGACACAAAGCAUCAUCAAUACUCAGAUAGCAAUAUCACCUAUGUGAACUACUAUCUUCACAAGCCUCAAGUGGCAGCAGUCUACAUUAUUUCCUACUUCCUAAUCUUCUUCCUGUGCAUGGUGGGAAAUACAGUGGUUUGCUUUACUGUAAUGAGGAACAAACAUAUGCACACUGUCACUAAUCUCUUUAUCUUGAACCUGGCAAUAAGUGAUUUACUAGUUGGUAUAUUCUGUAUGCCUAUCACGCUGCUGGACAAUAUUAUAGCAGGAUGGCCAUUUGGAAACACAAUGUGCAAGAUCAGUGGAUUGGUCCAGGGAAUAUCAGUUGCAGCUUCAGUCUUUACUUUAGUUGCAAUAGCAGUGGACAGGUUCCGGUGUGUGGUCCACCCUUUUAAACCAAAGCUCAGUAUCAAGACAGCAUCCGUCAUUAUUGUGAUCAUAUGGGUCCUGGCCACCGCCAUUAUGUCCCCCUCUGCUAUAAUGUUGCAUGUACAAGAAGAAAAAUAUUACCGAGUGAGACUCAACUCUCAAAAUAAAACCAGCCCCAUCUACUGGUGCCGGGAAGACUGGCCAAAUCAGGAAAUGAGGAAGAUCUACACCACUGUGCUCUUUGCCAACAUCUAUCUGGCCCCGCUGUCCCUCAUUGUCAUCAUGUAUGGAAAGAUUGGAAUUUCACUCUUCAAGGUGACAGUGCCCCACACAGGCACCCAGAACCAGGAGCAGUGGCAUGUGGUAUCCAGGAAGAAGCAGAGGGUCAUUAAGAUGCUACUGAUAGUGGUCUUGCUCUUCAUUCUCUCCUGGCUGCCCCUGUGGACUCUGAUGAUGCUCUCAGACUACGCCCACCUGUCUCCCAGUGAACUGCAGGCCAUCAACAUCUACAUCUACCCUUUAGCACACUGGCUGGCCUUCUGCAACAGCAGCGUCAAUCCCAUUGUCUACGGUUUCUUCAAUGAGAAAUUUCGCCAUGGCUUCCAAGACGCUUUUCAGCUCCAGCUCUGCCAAAAAAGAGCAAAGCCCAAGGAACCCUACACCCUCAGAGCUAAAAACAAUGUAGUCAUAAAUACAGCUCGUCAGUUAGUCCAAGAACCUACAAUUCAAAAUCCACAUGAGGAAAAUUUGCUUUGUAGGAAAAGUGUUGAAAAGCCCAAGCAGGAAUUAAUGAGGGAAGAAUUAGGAAAAGCUACCAAUAGAAAUGAGAUUUUAAGAGAGGUAGUGUGAUGAUUUUAACUCCACUGUGUGUUAUAUAUUGAAUACUAUUGCUUUAUACUUCAAUUUUAAGAAUGUUCUAAAGAAAGCAUGUACUGAAAGCAAUCUGGAAAAAAAAGUAAACAAGAUGGUCUUACUAAGUUCAUAACCAGUCUUAUGGUGUAUGUGUACAGAGACUCAUAUAUAGAUUUGCCUGAAUAAAUCCAUUUCCUUGGAGUAAUUUUGAAAGCCUGACCUUGCCUACUGAGCUAUUUGUGUAUAAGUCAAGCAUGUAUAUUAUAUGUGUGUGUGUGUGUACACAUACAUAUGCCCAUUUUCCCCAAAUGGUGAAAAUGGGCAGUUCUUUGCAUAAGAGAUCAUUUUGUCAAUUCUGUCUUUGCUUUUGGACUUGAAAUUUUAGAUUACCGUAUUAUUUGUGCUUUUAAAAUGUAUUUAGUUUAGAAAUAAGAACUGCAAUAGCAAAUCAAGGGACACUGUAUUUCUUUGUAUUUAAUUUUCUUCUAAAGAGUACAGUUAAAGUUGAUAAAAAUUGUAGCAUUGUUUUGUAGGAGUUGUUGGCUUUUUAAUACUUUCAUAAAUGAAAUUUAUGCCCUAGCUGAACCCAUUUUUUUACAGAGAUAAUUUUAGCACUCCGACUUGAACCCCUUUUUAGUAAAAUCUUUGGCAGAAAAAAACAUGUCUUUUAAUAAUGUAGCAACUGGAGGCUCUCUUUUGAAAUGCUAAUCAGAAAUGUUCAAGAAUCAUCGUAAGAGUCCAAAAAGGCAUGCACAGAACCAGACCAAUAAUUCCAGAUGUCCUGUGGGCCCAACAUCCAUACCCAGUGCUCCUACUGGAUUAAUGAAUUAGUACUACUGUUAAAAAGAAAAUUGCAAAUCCCUGGAUUCUGCUAUGCCAAAAUUACAUAAUGUCAAUAAUUGUAAAUGCUAGCUUAUAUUCUAGGGUGAGAUAAGUCCCUAUAAAAUUGAGAAUUAUAAAAUAACUAG